UUUGACAACCUGCUGACUGUGAGCAAAAUUAUCCCACACCCUGACUUCUACAUCUUCCAGAAUGGGGCAGACAUUGCCCUGCUGAAACUCACAAACCCUGUGAACAUUUCCAGCAAGGCCCGCCCUGUCUCCCUGCCUCCCGCAUCCAUGACCUUCCCCUCAGGAACAUUGUGCUGGGUGACAGGCUGGGGCAGAAUUGGAAAAAAAGUAAAACUGCCGCCACCAUUUCCUUUGAUGGAGGUGGAAGUUCCCAUUGUAGAAAACCGCCUCUGUGACAGGAUGUAUCACAAAGGUCUCAGCACAGUUGACCAUGUCCGCAUUGUCCGUGACGACAUGCUGUGUGCUGGGAAAGAAGGACGUGGCUUCUGUAAGGGCGACUCCGGAGGACCUCUGGUCUGCAAGGGAAAAAACACCUGGCUGCAGGCAGGUGUGGUGAGCUGGACAAAGGGCUGCGCACUGCGCAACUGGCCUGGCGUCUACACCCGGGUCACCUAUUACUUGGACUGGAUCCGCCGCUAUGUCCCCAAGGACUUC